AUGAUAAGAUUCAUCCUGGUUCAGAAUCGCCAGGGAAAGACGCGGUUGUCGAAGUGGUACGUUCCCUACGAUGACGAUGAGAAGGUUCGCCUUCGUGGAGAAGUCCACAGGCUGGUCGCGCCGCGGGACCAAAAGUAUCAGUCGAAUUUCGUCGAGUUCCGCAACCACAAAGUAGUAUACAGACGCUACGCCGGCCUGUUUUUCUGCGUCUGCGUGGAUGCGGAUGACAACGAGCUGGCAUAUUUGGAGGCCAUCCAUCUGUUUGUUGAAGUCCUUGAUUCAUUCUUUGAUAAUGUCUGCGAACUCGACUUGGUGUUCAAUUUCUAUAAGGUUUACGCCAUUUUGGAUGAGGUAUUUCUAGCCGGGGAGAUCGAAGAGACAAGCAAAGAUGUGGUACUAUCUCGCCUUGAAGAACUAGAGAAACUGGAAUGA